UGAAUCUGUGCUAAUACGACACAAGACAUUAGAUACAGUAUAGCACAGGAGAUGAUACACAGUGUUCUAGAUCUAUUAGAAUGCAUAGAUUGUAGGCAUUGAGAUCUGUUUUCCAGAUUGACUAAAAGAGGUGGAUUGAGUAUUGGAGGUAAAAGUUUGAGGUUACUAAGGGUGAGACGAGGAUGAGUUAUAAGGAACAUCUGCAGACUUGGAGAGAUCGGAUGAGCGAAGAGCUGGACCGGGUCAUGAAUUUCUGGAUCCAACACUCACACGACGAGGAAUAUGGAGGUUUCUUCACCUGUCUCAGUCAAAAUGGUGACAUCUACGAUGACCUGAAGUAUAUCUGGCUGCAAGGCAGGCAGGUUUGGAUGUAUUGCCACCUGUAUAGAAAAGUAAGCAAGUUUCACAAGGAAGAAAUACUUAAUGCCGCAAUAAAAGGAGGGGAGUUCCUUCUGGCUAACGCUCGACCCAACACGGAUUCCGCAAAAUGUGCCUUUGUCGUAACGCGAGAUGGGCAAGCAGUAAAAGUGCAACGGACCAUCUUCAGUGAGUGUUUCUUCAUCAUGGCUAUGGAUGAACUAUGGAGAACCACUAAAGAGGAUCGGUAUAAGGAGGAGGCUCGGAAAACGAUGGAUCAGAUUGUAUAUUGGGUACGAGAAGACUCAUCUGGUUUGGGGAGACCAGAGCUUCCUGGUGCAGCUCCAGUGAAUGCUAUGGCUGUGCCAAUGAUGUUGCUCAACUUAGUAGAUCAGCUGAGUGAAGAGGAUGAAGAGGCAGCAAGGAAAUAUGAGGAUUUGAGAAAAUGGAGUAUCGAAAGGAUCUUGCAACAUAUUCAGCGAGAUGGUAGUGCUGUGCUGGAGAAUGUGUCCGAUGAUGGAAAGGAGCUUCCAGGCUGUUUGGGAAGACAUCAGAAUCCAGGCCAUGCUAUGGAAGCAGGCUGGUUUCUCCUGCGUCAAGCCAUUGCACAGUCUAACCAUGACUUAGGCCGUAUCGCUGUUGAAAAGUUUGUGCUUCUUCCAUUCCUCUCUGGUUGGGAUCAGGAAUAUGGGGGUCUUUUCUCUUUCCAAGAUGUGGAUGGACAUUGCCCUACACAACUUGAGUGGAGCAUGAAGCUCUGGUGGCCACAUACAGAAGCACUUAUUGCUUUCCUUCUGGGAUAUCAGGCGACCAAUGACCCACAGCUGCUGGAGCACUUCCAAAAAGUCUUUGACUAUGCGUUCAGUCGGUUUUCAGACCCGAAGCAUGGGGAAUGGUUUGGUUACCUGACUAGAGAAGGCAAAGUAGCACUUAGUAUCAAAGGGGGACCAUUUAAAGGAUGCUUUCACGUUCCGCGGUGCCUGUAUAUGUGCGAGGAGAUCCUAUCCAAAUUACUGGCAGAGUGUGACAAGACUUCAGAUCUGCCUUCAUCGAGCAUUGCUUGCUGAGUCGUGUAAUCCUGGGAUAUUGAGACUCGAAAAACAGAUUACUCUAAUAGCUGGAUUAGAAUGCUUAUACCUGCUUUGCACAGUUAACCAGUCAGACUGCACUAACCUUCCUAACUCUGAAUCCUUUAAACUCCAGUGUUAGGGUUAGAUGUAUUCCUUGUAAAUGUAUAGUCUAGUUUUUUUU